GAACAUGUUACACUAUUUUGGGGUCAUGUGCAUUAUCUGCAUCGUGAUGUGUACAUUAAUUGCUGGUGAAGAUAUUAGUGAAAGCGUUGAUGAACUCAAUGAAGCAAUUAUAGCUGGAACAAACCGAAAAGUUGGAUUUCUUAGUCUCACAAACUAUCACUCUGUUCAUACAGUGCUGCAUGAUAGCGUCGAGCCUGUUAUAUUUGCGCACAAAGAGGAUCUCGUCAAGGCAGUUGUUGCUGGUGAAAUAGCAGCAGGUCUAAUACGAGGAGUCGUGGCCGAUCAUCACGCAUAAGAUCUCCAUACAUUCAGCAGUGGGUUAAUCUCUACAUCUGCAAUGUUUAUGAGUCCUGACGUUUCUACAGAUAAGCCCCAUGGGGCACCACCCGUGAGGUCAAGUCUGGAUCUGUCUAUCGCUAUAAAUGCAGCGAUUGUGAGAGUUCAGAACAAAGGAGAGGACCAAAAGGCGAGACUAAAGAACUUGCCUUUUGAAUUUCUCAGCGUCCAUACAUGUAAGGCGGAUGAAUAUGAUUUAUUCCCUCUUCCAAAUAAACAGAACGCCACUGGCUUGCUGAAGACUAUUCUUGACACAAAGAUCUUCAAGCUAGGCGCAUAUGGUCCCUUUCAUUGGGGCGAAAAUGAUGGGAACUACUUAGUCGAUCCACCAACUGGAUUCUAUCCCGAUCUUAUGACAGCUAUAUUUGAAGAAUUUAAGAACUUGUCUGGACCAGAUGGUGUUAAAUAUGGAGAUGAUAUAACAUUGGAAAGAGUUUGGUCAAAGACGUCUAAUUUCAAAGAUCUAUUUGAUGGCGUCUCAUAUAUAACAGAACCAUAUUUUUUCGUAGACGCCGCCUAUAUUGGAACAUUGGGACCUUGCGUGAAUUCCACGGAUUGUAGACCCGCUCUUUUACCCGGUGGAAGAGAGUAUUGUAAUACGUACAAGAACUCGUCUGGAUGCUUCGAGAUUGAUCCAGUCUCUGGAGAACCUAAACGUAGGUGUAAACACUCACACAGAGCAAGGAUAGAUUUUUUUCGAAUGAGUUGUUUUACGCUUGGACAAGAUAGCACGUUUUUCACGAAACGGUUCACUCAUUCAUCGGCCUCAACGUCAUCUUGUGGGCUUGUAGGUUGGGUCUUCGCAGCAAUAAUUAUUCGUUAUAUCUUACUUUAGUCCCGUUUGUUACGGGGAUUUAUAGGGUUGUCCAAAACUUUGGAACAUAUGUUAGUUGAACGCAAAACCUUUAUUUUUCCACUUAAAUGAGCAUAGUUCAGUCACUUAUUUAUCUGAUGUAAAGUUAAUAGGUGCAAACUACAAAGUUAACAUAUUAAACUAGUCAAUGUUUUAUAGGACCCUCUUUUGAUUAUUUCUAUUUAAGAGUAGGCAAGAAUGAACAUGUCAGAGGUUAGCGAUUCCAUAACCACACAGCUACAAGUGACAAUAUC